AUGCCAACCAACUAUGACAAGUGGAAGGAGGGCAUCAGACCCUUCACUCAUGCAAUGGCUAAGAAAGGAAAGGCUGCUGCAUUGGGAUCCUCAGAAUCCAAAUCUGCUGGCUUGACAAGCUUGGGCAGUAAUACCACCAGUGACAACAAGACUGCCACCAGUACUAUGUUUGGUGGCCAGAGAAAAUCCAUGGACAUCGACAAGUUGAAGAAGGAGGGGAAGUACUUUGGAUGUAAAGAGAAAGGCCAUCUCUACAAGGACUGCUCUAAAUAG